AACUCUCGUUUGAUUGGUCAAAAGUUCAAAGCCCAACCCCACACUCCGCCUUCCAGACUGGAUUAAUAUUGUCAAUGUUCGCUCUCCAAGUUCUUUUAUCGCGGACAGAAGUCUCUCAACAGUUGGGUCAAACCGCGACAAGAAGUCCCGCAAAAACACUGAACUCAGCAGCGACAAUGGCGGACAUUGCGAGGGCUAAUGAUGCCGGACUUCCAGCAGCAGAAACCACAAAUGGAGACCAACAGACCGUUGUGACUCGUGUAAGCAACUUGCCACUGGUCAGUUCAGCUUGCGGGGUGGUUGCCAAUGCCUACAGCUCCACCAAAGACAGCGUGCCAUUGCUGAAGGGAGUGAUGGGCGCCGCCGAAAGCGGUGUCCGUACCCUGGGAGCAGCUGCGGCCACAGGAUCCAAACCCCUUUUCAACAUUAUUGAACCACAGCUGGCUACAGUAAAUGAAUACGCCAUGAAAGGUCUGGACAAGAUGGAAGAGAAGCUGCCUAUUCUUCAGCAGCCAGCAGAAAAGGUGGUGUCGGACACAGUGGGACUGGUGUGCCAGUCGGUGACGGGAGCCAAAGACGCCGUGGUGGGGGCCGUGAUGGGCGGCGUUGAGCGGACCCGGGCGGCCGUCAGCGAAGGCAUCAGCACCGUAAUGGGCAGCACCGUGGGCCAGAUGGUCAGCAGCGGGAUGGGCCUGGCCCUCAGCCGUUCCGAGGACUGGGUCGACCAGAACCUGCCGCUCACUGAGAGGGAGCUGGCGGCUGUGGCUGAGCCUGCCACAGGCGAGGUAACCGCCUCACCAGCUGCCACCCCCAGCUACUUUGUCCGUUUGGGCAAACUCUCGGCCAAAGUGCAGGAGCGAGCCCUCCAGCAGUCCCUGGUUCGGGCCCGCCGAGCCAGAGAUAGCACGCACGCCGCUGUGGUCCAGAUGACCAGUACUCUGGACCUGCUGGAGACCACUCGUAGCGGUCUGGGUGCAGGCGGCGCCAUGGAUCAGCUGCAGCAGCGAUGGAUGGAGUGGAGUCAGAAGCAGCCUGGAAAUGGACAAUGUGAUUCAGAAUCCAAUGAUGAGACUGAGCGCUUGGAGUGGCGUGUGCUCUCCAUGGUGCGAGGUCUGAGCGAGCAGCUGCGUUCAGCCAGCUCCAACGUGGUGUCGAGCGCUCAGGGUCUGCCAGGCGCAGUCCAGGACCAGCUGACAAAGGCGAAGCGGUCAGCUGAAGAGCUGCACUCCAGUCUGGGUGACACCAGCGCCCUCACCCCACUCCUCCUGGAUAGGAGCCGUCACCACUUGACCCAAGUUCAGCAAUCUCUGGACGGCGUCAUGGAGUAUUUGCUCAACAACACCCCACUCAACUGGCUGGUGGGGCCCUUUGCCCCCAUGAUCACGGAGAGGGUGGAGGAGCAGGACGUGGGGUCACAGAGCACAAGUUGAAGACUUUUCUCCAUUUCGUGUGGGAAGAUUCUCCCAGCUAAGCACUAAUUCGAAUUAAUGAAAGCCUUCAAAUCUUUUAGUGCAUCUUUCUAUUUAUACCUGAUUCUCUGCCUGUUUUGUCUCAAGCACAACGUAGCAGUCCGCUGCUUAUAUACUUCCUGUGUGUUUCAAUUGCAGUAUUAUGUAUCGGAGCAGCUAAGCGAGUGAAUAAAGCGAUGUAAAACAUUA